CCAGCUAGCAGAUGACACUGUUUGCAAGGACUGCGUAGAAGGCGUAGAAUUUUGUGACUUGUGUUAAAACUGCCUGCCUGCUGGGCGUGAGACCGAGACAAUAGACAAACUUUUUGUUUUGUUAUUUAGAAUCCUUGGACCGUGUUGUGACUUGUGAGUUGGCUCGCGAGGACAUGUCUUAAAAUUUCAGGUGAGUCCCUAAAGUCAACGGUGAAGAUCGCUUUGGCAGGUGCGUUCUGCAAUUUGUGGGCCAUCGAGGGCAGUCAGCACGGAAGUACCCCUUUGACGCUGGACAUAUAUAAUGGACGACUACAAAUUCCUGUUCAAAGUUGUGCUCGUCGGCAACGCGGGCGUUGGCAAGACGUGUUUGGUGCGCCGAUUUACUCAGGGCCUCUUUCCGCCAGGCCAAGGUGCAACAAUAGGUGUCGAUUUUAUGAUCAAGACUGUGGAACUUGAGAAUGAGAAAGUCAAGCUGCAGAUAUGGGAUACUGCAGGACAAGAGCGCUUCCGGUCAAUUACACAGAGUUACUAUAGAUCAGCGCACGCUUUGAUUUUGGUUUAUGACAUAAGCAGUCAGCCAACCUUUGAUUGUCUUCAGGACUGGUUGAGGGAAAUUGAGGAAUAUGCAAGCAAUAAAGUGCUCAGGGUGCUAGUUGGCAAUAAAACAGACAGAGAAGACAAAGAAAUUCCAACCUCAGUUGGUGAAGACUUUGCCAACCGCCAUAACAUGUAUUUUGUGGAAACCUCGGCCAAAGAGGCAGAGAAUGUUGAAAGGCUCUUCAUGGUUAUUGCCUCAGAAUUGAUGGAGCAAGCCAGAUCAAAAGAGCUACCCAGGUAUGAGACGCCUUCGUUGAAUGGCCGCUCAUCGGCUGUUGGAGAAGGAGGUUGUUGCAGCCGUUUCUCUUAGUGUGAAUUAAAAGGACUGGAAUGUGUUGAUUACCUGCUCACCAGAAAUGGAGCGAGAUAUUUGAACAGUUGUAAGUUAUCGAAAUGGUUGUUAGAAAUUGUCUUGCAUUCCGAACAAUUUGAGCAAAUGAGAUUUUAACGCCUAUGUACUAAUAGUUGUUUAUCAUUUGUAUGAUUCUGUGAUAAUAACCGAAUUCAGCUUUUGGUGCAUACUAUCUGUCGAACAAAAAGUAUUAUUUCAAACUUCCGCCAACUAUGACAAGUAAAACAUCACAAAAUUUCAUAUUUCUAGAUUAUCGAUGCAUUUUUAGUUUAUGCACUUGACUAACUAAUGUAAGGCAGCUAUUGUUGCUAGUGACAAAUGUUAUCUAAAAGUCUUUGUAUCAGUUUGCAGCUCUAAAAGCUAAUUAUUUAUGUUUGUGCACUCUAUUUACCAAGGGUUUGUAUACAUUUUGGAGAACAAUGAUGAAUAAAAAUUGUAACUUCAUUGAAAAUUCAUAAUUUCUAUUUU